GGUGCGGUUCUGGAGUGGGUAAGGAUGGUGCCUGUUCUGCUCCUUCCAGCGAAACUCCUCGGUCCUCUCCCCUCCCUCCUCUGCUCUGCCUCCACCUCCAACUGCCAUAACUGCCUCCUACCACAGCAGCGGCUUCUGGGCAUCCACCUCUUUCUGGUCAGGCUCUUCUGUGCGCUCCGGGGUGGUCCCGGGCGCUGGUCAGGCCAUGCACACUCUCCUGGCAUCCCCAUCGUGGCUCAGGUUUUAUGGCGCCAGAGCGCGUGGCGCGGGUGUGUGGGUGCUGGGGUGGGCUGUCCGAUCACCCCGCUUUCUGGGCCUCCCAUGUCCACCCUGGUCCUGUCCAGAUACUGAGCUGUCACGUUCCUGCACGACGGGGAACAAGUUUUCUGAUUCUCAGAACAAGAAAAGUUUAAGACUAAACUGUCCCAUCUUCAACCCCCUCUGAGACCCGCGUAGGAGAAACGUUGCCUGAAUAAACAGGAAAUUCAGAGCAAACAGCUUCCAAGUCUAAAGAAAUGACAGAAAAUGUAGGCUACCCUGACCGACAGUCAGCAAACAUUCCUGUGUCAAUGUGGCAUCCGCCUUCAACUGUCAGGGCCAGGAGCUCUGACUAACAAUCCUUUGAAGCAGGUCACUUGAAGGACUAUCCUAGGUUUUUCUCCAUAAACUGGGACAAUAGACUUCACCAUGAUCCACUUCUCCAGUCUGGACAGCUUUCUGGCAGCAGUAGAGAUCCCAAGCAGUAUUGAAGAUAUAUUUAAUGAUGAUUGCUGCAUAAAUAUCACCAAACAGACCCCAUCUUUUUGGAUUUUAGCUCAUGCCUUAAAGGAAUUUGUGGCCAAGGAGGGUCAAGGAAAUUUACCUGUUCGAGGCACAAUUCCUGAUAUGAUUGCAUAUUCAAGCAAAAACAUAAAAUUGCAGAAUGUUUAUCGUGAGAAAGCAAAGAAAGAUGCUGCUGCUGUAGGUAAUCAUGUUGCCAAAUUGCUUCAGUCUGUUGGCCAGGCACCAGAGUCCAUUUCAGAGAAAGAAUUAAAACUGCUUUGUAGCAAUUCUGCAUUUCUUCGAGUGGUAAGAUGUCAGUCUUUAGCUGAAGAGUAUGGUUUGCAUACAGUCAACAAAGAUGAAAUUAUUUCUAGCAUGGACAAUCCGGAUAAUGAGAUAGUCCUGUACCUAAUGUUGCGGGCUGUUGAUCGAUUUCAUAAGCAGCAUGGCAGAUACCCAGGAGUAUCUAACUAUCAAGUUGAAGAAGAUAUAGGGAAGUUGAAGUCCUGUCUUACUGACUUCCUUCAGGAAUAUGGGUUGUCUGUAAUGGUGAAGGACGAUUAUGUCCAUGAAUUUUGCCGGUACAGAGCUGCUGAGCCACACACCAUUGCUGCAUUCCUGGGAGGAGCUGCCACUCAAGAAGUUAUCAAAAUAAUCACCAAACAAUUUGUAAUUUUUAACAAUACUUAUAUUUAUAGUGGUAUGUCACAAACUUCUGCAACUUUCCAAUUGUAGAAUAAGCACCCCGUGUAAUAUGUUAAUGGUUGAAACUGUAAUUGUCUUCCUGUUGUGCUUUAGUUUGUAAACAUCUGUUUAAGGACAGAAGUUAAAUUGUUUCCUUAAUAAAAUUUUUUCUCAUUUGUAAUAUAGUCUUGUUGUUUGGGAUGGUGAGGAGAAAGCAUCACUUUGCUGAAGAAUCAAAGCUAGCUCUUUGUAAUUCAGUUCAUUAAUACUGGUUUGCUAUUUUGCAAUUACAUUUCAUGGAUAUGUCUGUUUCACUAAAAAGAGUAAAAAAUUAAUUAAUGAAUUUAAGAUGUGGAUUUUAGCUGUGGACAUUUAAAGAUCAUUACUUAUUAAAAUAGAACUUUAAAAGAAGCAUUUCAGGAACCUUAUCAGAAAACAAAAGCCAUUCCCUUGUACUGUCAUCCUUUAUAUAUACCUAAAGUUUUGCCACUAUGCCUACAUAUUCAAAUUUUAUGGGGUUGCCCCAUCCAUAAAUUUCAUUUUAUCAAAUAAUCAUUACUGGAAUAAUAACAUUUAUCAGCAUGUUAGAUGGGAAAGAAAAUUCUGUAAGGUGAAGAGUACUAGCAAACUAGAAAUUCAAAAUCGGGAGCAGAACCUGCUUCUGACUUAUGGCUGGCCGGCUGAAUGUGUUAAUGUGACUGGGCAUCUUAAAGCCCUGAAUUGCCUGCAUAGAAUAGUUAUCAAAGGCUGUCUCCUAUGUGAGAACCUGUGUUAUAUUUGACAAGGGGCGCUGGGGCAUGGGGCCAUGGGGAUUUUAUUUCUCGGAUACCAGUGUGUCAUUCUUGCUUGGCUGUGUCUACUUUAUCAAGUGACUUUCGCACAGCAGAGACUGCCCUCUGACAGUACCUCCAUCUCUCAACACUCCCAUUGGAUGAAUUCUGUUAGGAAGCAUGACAGGACUAAUGUUAAACGACGGUACACCUUAACCACAUUUACAACUCAGAGCUCUGGUUCUUGGGUCUACUCAAUGAGGAGCUAGUUUGGCCAGAACCAAGAAUUAUGGUUUUUGGAGUUAACCCAGUGAAGGGUGUCGUCAAUGGAAUAUCCAAUGCAACCAAAGAUAGCCUGGUAUCUGGCAAGGUCAGGAGGGAGCAAAGACCCCUUCCAAGUUGGAAGUCCCAAAUAUUAAAGUUACAUUACCCUCAAAUCGUAACUUUCCCCCAUCUAAAACCCGGCACCCUGCACUGGCCUCCUUCUGUCCUCGGAACACUGUUCGGCCGGAAGUCCCGCCCAGCGGAUGUGAGCCUUGCUGGGAAACCCAGUCAGGCGUCGAGGUUUAUAGGCUGCCAAGGGGAAGAACUGGUGCGGGCCUGACAAGGCUCUGGGUUGCAGGAGAAAGGCCAGGGCUUCAGCUUCCCAGGUUUCAGGUCUUGCUCAGCUCAGUCCAGCUUCGCUGUCUUGCCUGCUCUCCUGGGGCAGAGCUAUGGUGCUGGCGUGGCCCCGCUUCACUGGCUCACCUGAGGAGAUGGAUUGAGCUGAGGAGGGCAAGGGCUUUCCUGAGCUGGUGCCAGGCCGGGCCUCAGUGGCACAACCUGUGUGGGAGAGAAGGCGGUCGCAGUCUCAUUAGUCGGACGGCUGUGUGCGUCCGCGCUGCUGCAGGUGAUUCUGGUGUUGGGAAAGCGUCGGGUCCACGGGAUUUCGUUUGCGAGAAAGAGGACGGGACCACGUGUCCAACAGCAGCUGAGGCGCGAAAGCUGGGAACUGGUGAUUGCUCCAUUGAAGUCCGCCCGAGCCGGGCUUGGGAGCAGUGCAUGGUGCCCCGCGGAGAGCUGUGGAGAAGUCUUGGGCCUGCCACCCUCCCUACAGGAGUUCUUCCAAUUCUUUAGUAUGUGUGCUGCUGAUGCAAGCAUAUGGUCCAGAAUAUUUCUUAGAAGCCGACGUAACUAAAAAUGCCCUAUCUUAUAGAUGAAAUAUAAGGGAAAAAGACAAGCAUGGAAAGUGAGAAUACAAAGAAUACACAAGAAAUGAAGACUGACCUGAAGUUACUGUUGGAAUGUCUGAAGUAUCAUAUGGGCAACCCUUUGACACAAAAGGAAGUUUUGAUCACUAUUCAUUCAGUUUGUAAUCAAAAUAGUGAUGCGGGUAUUUAUUUCCGGGAAAUUGGUGGUUUGAUGUUUAUAAUAGAUCUCGCAAAGUCAAGUGAGCAUAGCAUGGUAAAAGAAGCAGCCUUAUACACAUUAGGAUCUAUUGUGGAAGAAAAUGUUUACUGUCAGCAAUCGUUGUGUACUUCAGAAUUAUUUCAAGAUUUAACCUUGUUCUUAACUAAUGAUGAUUCAAACACAAAUUUGAAAAGAAUGUCUGUCUAUGUUCUUUUGGUUCUGGUGUCAAAUAAUAGAAUGGACAAACUCUUGUGAGAAAAAUGGGUUGUAUUGAAGUUCUGUCAGAGAUGUUCAAGACAGUUCUUUCCAAUUAUGAGUUGAACUUGUCAGAUAAUAAUGAUUUCCAGAGUUAUCUGUUAUGGUCUUCAGUGUGCAGUACUCUGUGUGAGUGUGUCAACAAUCCUCAAAAUGAUGAGAAUCAACUUCUUUGUUGUUCACUUUUUUCAUAUGUAAAUGAAUGGCUAAUGAAUUGCAUGAAACCUGAGAUAAUUCGACCUAUAUGUUCAUUUAUUGGACUAACUCUUACAAAUAAUAUUACAGGGCAGGCUGGAUGAAGACACUCAGCCCACAAUGUGGACAUCUCAAGUCAGUCACUGGACAAUGGCUGACAGACUUGUCUGAAGACGGGAAAUGUUUCUCUCUCUUGGAGGGGAAAGAAGGACCCUACAACUACACUGAACUCUAAGGACAGUCUAUUUAGCUGCUGAGCAUUGAAAAGCCCUAAUGAGGCAGCAUCCAUUUGCAGACAUACUGGAUUAUUCUUCUGCACUUUAUCUGUCUGAGUCACCUCCACUCUCAUUACAGGGCAGGCUGGAUGAAGACACUCAGCCCACAGUGUGGACAUCUCAAGUCAGUCACUGGACAAUGGCUGACAGACUUGUCUGAAGACGGGAAAUGUUUCUCUCUCUUGGAGGGGAAAGAAGGACCCUACAACUACACUGAACUCUAAGGACAGUCUAUUUAGCUGCUGAGCAUUGAAAAGCCCUAAUGAGGCAGCAUCCAUUUGCAGACAUACUGGAUUAUUCUUCUGCACUUUAUCUGUCUGAGUCACCUCCACUCUCAUUACAGGGCAGGCUGGAUGAAGACACUCAGCCCACAAUGUGGACAUCUCAAGUCAGUCACUGGACAAUGGCUGACAGACUUGUCUGAAGACGGGAAAUGUUUCUCUCUCUUGGAGGGGAAAGAAGGACCCUACAACUACACUGAACUCUAAGGACAGUCUAUUUAGCUGCUGAGCAUUGAAAAGCCCUAAUGAGGCAGCAUCCAUUUGCAGACAUACUGGAUUAUUCUUCUGUACUUUAUCUGUCUGAGUCACCUCCACUCUCAGUAAGUCAGUUUAAUUCCAUAAAUUGGAAAUGAGUCACACGAAAAAAUACUUUCUCAAUACAAUCACAGAUUUCCCAUGGAAAAGGGGCAACAUGAACUGUCCCACCUAAGUUCUGGGCUUACACAGACAUGUGUUCACAGCUGCGGUCUGCAUUCCAGUAUGGAUGCUCUUGAGGUCCUCCCUAAGCUGCAUAGAUUAAGAUAAUUAUCUUGCUUUCUAUCAAAAGAAUUCAUUAUGCCAAGUUGGCCUGUAGAAGGAGGCUAGUCUCUUCUGUAUUUUAUCAAAUGUGCAUAAUCUAUGGAAUCAUCAUUGAUAGUAAGUGAGAGAUCUGUUUGGAAUUGAAACUGGGUGAUGCUGGAGGAUGAUCCUGAAUGCACAAUGAGCAGUGGAGGCACCAGAGCCCGGUAUGGAUGCCUAGCAGCCUACCACAUUGAGCAGGCACCGCUCAACCACCUGUACAUACACAUCUCCUGAGAUCUGUCUCCUUAAUUGGAGGUGAUCAUGUCCACCUACUACAGCACAUGCCCUGGAAGGACAAAAGCUACCUACAGGAGCUGUGGUGAUGACUCCCAGGUUAGAGCAUCUGCUGCUCUCUCAGAAGAACCACGUGGUCCCUAACAAUCAUCUACAACGGAGAAUGUUAUUCCCUCUUUUGGGUCAUGGGGAAAAUGCACCCAGGAGGGACCCAGACAUAGAGUUGGAAAGAAAGAUCCAUUGACUUAAAUGAUAAAAAUAAAUAUAAUCAGCAACCAUAAAAAACACAGCAUAUGAAUGAUCAAGUAAAACAGCACCUAUAAAAACCUAUUUCCCAAAAUGACUUUGAAGGUCAUUAUCUCUGUGGUUUAAUGCUGAUGCUGUAUUGUAAGAAAAACUGAGGCACAUGGUUCUCGGUAAGGAUUACUUCUGUAUUCCUUUGUGAACGUUGUCAUGUUUUUUCUGCAGCUGUACAGCAAUGAGUGUAUUUUACUCAAUGUCUGGUGCACACAAUCAAUAAGGAAUGUGUGUUGUGGACUGAUAUAGACUAGGAGGAGCAGAACACAUGACAGCAUGGAUAGAGUAUGGCAGUGAUUGCAUCAUAAAGUGUGUGUCCAUAAAAAAAAAAGUCACAGUAUCCCCACAAAAGACCCUAUCACCCUGUGUAGCCCUUGGUGGCUUUGAAUUCACUAUUUAGCCCAUGUUCCCUCGAACAUUCAAAGAUCCAAUUCUAGAUGUCAGUUCUAAGGCUACAGGAGGGGAAAGGACUAUUGAAUAACGAAGGUGGUCUUAAGAGUCAAGAGUUCCAAAUCAAUUUUUAUUCAUAAGGAAUACAAUUAACAAAAAACAGUCUUAAUGAACAACUAAAGUGUUAUCAAAAAUGAAAAAAAGUAACAGGAAUAUAUAACUAUGAAACAACAAAAAUCAAACUUCAAUGAAAAUCAUAACCAAAAAUGUUUCUUAACGUUUUAUGAUGGACAUUUAGAAGAACAAUUGUACUGCUGUUUCUGUUGUAGGACACGAGAUGUCAAGGAAGUCCCCUCAGUUGUCUCUCAAACGGUGUUGUGGAUAUGAGAAAGGGAUGAAGACCUCAGUCAGACAGGCUGGCAUACUGAUAGAUAAAUUUAGGGUCUCUAACCAUUGAAAAAAUUAACUGAGAUGAGGAACAUUCACCCAAAAAAGGCUUUGGCACUUGACGAUGGUCGUCAGCAGGGAACUCCUGAGAAAGAAACUCAUUCUUCAGGUGGCCGUCUUCCUGGGAUGUGUCCUAUUCCAUCUCUCCUGCAUCUCUGAGACCUGGGAGAAGAAGGCAGCUAUUAAGACGCUGAUUUGGUGGGGACACGCUUGCCAGCUGUCAAGUUGCUGCCUUCUCUCCCUUCAGCUGCAUUAGGCAGAAAACAUUGAUCUUUUAACUGAAAUCAUUGCUAAUAUCUCUGCAGCCUGGGGAAAAUCACCAGCAACCCUCACAGUAAUGUGGGAUAACAAGCUGCUAGUCAGACUUCUACCAGUGCAAACCAAGAACGGGGAAACAGGAAGAGAACUAAUUGGGUUGCAGGAAGAAAGGAGAAGGGCACAGGAUAGCCAGAUCAAAGCCAAUGACAAGGACUCAUUUGCCAUUUGCACUUGGUUCUUAUCCCUGCAAGGUGCUUCCAACCAUCACAUGACCCCUGUAUGACCUUUGUAACACGACCAAGAACUUGUUCAAAACUCUUCAUAGCAUCCAAUCUAUCACAGGGAGAUGCAGUAAUGUGAUAUGCUAUUCCUCUGUCACCAUUUCUGGACUGCAGUUUCAAAAAGAGCAGAAAAGUAUACUUGCCAGUAAUUCAGUUUCUGAAAAGUGGUUAACUUCCCAGAAUACUGUGCAUAGACAGAGCAAUGAAUAACUGUAUCACAGGAGGUGGUUGACUGAUUGGGUGUGAGAGAUUAGAAAGAUGAUAGGGGAAAGCAAAGAUGUAUCAAAUAGGCAAAUGGUAUCAGACAUUGUUAAUCUGACGCAGCUGCUUGUUCCUACCAAAUUUUGCUGGGUCUGGAGGAUGCUGGUCUUCUCCUGUUCGUCUUCAUCAUUCGGGUUCAACUCAAACAAGUACCGCUGUACCUCCUUGCUCUCCUGCUUCAAUGUGACCAACUUCUUCUUCAUGCAUGCCUGGUCCAUCAGGAGCCGGCUCUGCAGGUUGCUGGAAACACACUCUGCAUAGUAAGAUCCUGAAGCCUCUUUCUCCCAUUCCAACUGCCAAAUCCCACAGACUCCACCAGGACCCAGAUACCCACAAAGACUUCACAGAAUACAUCUCCAAACACAUACAUGGCUGCUGCUGCUGCUGCUGCUGCUGCUGCACAAACAGCAAACGGCCAAUCCAGGGAAGAAUGCAUUGUUUCUGUGACCCAAGCACCAAUAAGAGUCCAUGUCUCUCCAAAAGAACAAGGGAUCUACAAGUAUCCAUGAAAGCCCAAUGCGUGGGGGCAACAUCUAUUAGUAGCAGGCAAAGAACCACAAAGGAGGACAGUAGAACCAAGGGAAGGUCAUGCUAACCAUGUGGUCCACACAUUGAGCUUUGUUAAACCUGGUACGACUCCAGAGGCCCAGGUCCGCCUAAUAACACUCUGAUGCCUGAAUCAGUGUAGUUCUAUCCAGAGUUUUCUAAAGAUGCAUAGACACUGUGCUCAUAAGUAACAGUCUCUUAUGAAACUGAAACUGAGUCCAAAAGACCCACGGCACAGUGAUAUUUAAACAGCAGAAGUAAUGGAACCAGAGCUGCAGAAUCUCCAAUCCAGAACAAAGAAAGGCAGAAAUGGCCAUUCCCCAAGUGAUGGCCCUUCUGACCAGUACUUACCGAUAGAAGUUAAUCUCCUUCUUGAGCUCCUGAAAUUUCUGACAAUGUUCAGUGUUCUUUAUCUCUAAGUUGUGCAGUAAUGACAUGACCUCUUUCUCCUUUAUCUUCAAUUUUUCAUAAAAUGGAUUUGGCCUGAAGUAGGGGCUGGCCCCAGGAAGAGAGAACCCAAUGAACAUCGGCGUUUAGGAUUAUAGGAACUCGGCUGAGUCCUGUACUAACCCAGCUCUGGAAGGACACUUUCUGAAUUCUACAUAAUGGGAUCUUCUUCAGGUUCAGAAACUUGUAAUUGUGCGCCCAGGACAACAGAAAGUAAACACCCAGAGAAAGGGAUCCCUGUCUCACUUUUUUCAAUCAGGAGGGCUGGAUCUGCAUUGAUACCUGUUAUGCCAUCAGGAGCCUAGGCCACAGCUCUUAUGCCCACACACACACACACACACACACACACACACACACACACACA